AUGUCCUGCCUACCUGAUGCAGCCACAUCUGGCAAAGUGCUUUCCAAAGUUGUCGGCAUUGCCGCCAUCAUGUCUCGGGGUGGAGCAGCAAGCUUUGGUUUUGGAGGAGCAGGAGGAGACCGCAGUCGCAAGACCAUUAGUGAAGUAUUUUCCUUUGUAUCCGCUGGCAGUGCCGCCGAUACCAUGUUGGAUUUGACCCGGGUCCAAAUGCGAUUGGAAGGUCUGCAAGUCUACGCCACUUUGGCAGCAUUGUUGACCAAUGCCUGUUUGCAACUAUAUGUCAAUGUGAAGGAACCAGAAGAAGAAACUGAUGACGACGACGACGAUGGCGAUGGUACAAUGGUAAACGGAACAAUGACAACAACAGAAGAGAAGGAACAAAGAAAACUAGCCAGAAAACGACGCCAGCGAAGAAGGAACUGGUCCGUCGAUGCGUUCUACCUCUGUACCGUGGUAUCCAUCUUGUCGGGAUCUUAUACUACUGUUGUAUUUGGAUUACUUUCCAUUCUUUCCAAAACGGCCUUGGGUCGGGGGUUGGAUGCAUCCUUUAUUGAAUUUUGGGCGGAAUCGGCGGGGAUACGGAACAGUGGCCUGGAAUCCUUUUUAAUGGCGCUGGUGUCCUUUGAAGUUGCCUUUCUUUUGUCACUCAUGACGAAAUUCUCCUUCAAAAAUCCACGCAAACGGCGGCGACAAAACGUUUUGGUGGGCAUUGGAACUCUCAUUCUGCUGAUAUCCAUGAGGAGGUGGACCAAAUUACUCUAUCUGGCAAGCAAACUAUUGUUCCCGAUGUGGGCUGAGGUGGAAUACUAG